CACCAUGAAGGACCGUACGGCGGAACUGCGAAGCGCUAAGGACAGUGAUGAUGAUGAAGAGGUGGUGCAGGUGGACAGGGACCACUUCAUGGAUGAGUUCUUUGAACAGGUUGAGGAGAUCAGAGGCUGUAUAGAAAAGCUGUCAGAGGAUGUGGAGCAGGUUAAGAAGCAGCACAGCGCCAUCCUGGCUGCACCCAACCCUGAUGAAAAAACCAAGCAGGAGUUGGAGGACCUCACAGCUGACAUCAAGAAGACGGCCAAUAAAGUUCGCUCAAAAUUAAAAGCGAUCGAACAGAGCAUUGAGCAGGAGGAGGGUCUCAACAGAUCAUCAGCGGACCUCAGGAUCCGCAAGACACAGCACUCGACACUGUCACGUAAGUUUGUUGAGGUGAUGACUGAGUACAACACCACGCAGUCCAAAUACCGUGACCGCUGCAAGGACCGCAUCCAGAGACAGUUGGAGAUCACUGGGAGAACCACCACCAAUGAGGAACUGGAGGACAUGUUGGAGAGUGGCAAGUUGGCCAUUUUCACCGAUGAUAUCAAAAUGGACUCUCAGAUGACCAAACAGGCCCUGAAUGAGAUUGAAACCCGACACACCGAGAUCAUCAAACUGGAAAACAGCAUCCGUGAGCUUCAUGACAUGUUUGUUGACAUGGCCAUGCUGGUUGAGAGUCAGGGAGAGAUGAUUGACAGAAUUGAGUACAAUGUGGAACACUCCGUCGACUAUGUGGAGCGAGCCGUAUCUGAUACCAAGAAGGCCGUCAAAUACCAGAGCCAAGCUCGCAAGAAGAAAAUCAUGAUCAUCAUCUGCUGCGUCAUCCUGGGCGUGGUCCUGGCGUCGACCAUCGGUGGCACUCUGGGCUUCUAAGACGUUCUGCUGCCUGUCGCUGUGACGACCGACACCGAUCCAGCGUGCAACCGAAAGCCAGCAGAAAAAAAAAAAGAUGACAACACAAAAACUUGAAACACAAAUGCAAGACAGAUAACCAAUCAGCUAGGAAGAGAUAACCGGCCAAUCACAGAUAAGAGGGGAAAUGACACACAGAGGGGCUGGGUGGGGUUUAAAAAGUCAAUAAAACACCAUCACAUUGUCGCUGACUCAACAUAUAUCCACUAUUUAGGACACGUGUAAGAUAGGUAGUGUCACAAACAGUGACCGAUACGGCCUGUGUUUGUUUUGCCCAUUUUCCUUCCGUAUUUUUGAGGGGUUUUUUUUAUUAUUAUUUGGGGGUGGGGGGGAGUCUGCGAGGACAGCGCCUGCUGUACGCAACGAGUUCAGUGGUGCAAACAUUCAACAACUGGUUUCUUUUGGUUCUAGAACUUUAGGGAGCACAUUUUUAGGAAUGUGCACAGCCUUCCGGUAAAGCAGUUUUAAAAAAAAAUCUUUCAAACCCUCAGAAACAGCAACAACUCUGCAACUCUGGUGCCUUCUGCCAAAAAAGAGAAAUGCAGUCAAACCAGAUAAAAUCAGAAUGCUGACCCACAGUUCUGGAACCAAAUGGUCCCAGAGUUCAGACCGGCACCCUCGGCGCUGCAGGUAGACCCGUGGCUGGGGGUGGGAGGGGCCGAGCUAACGAUUGGCUGAGCUGCCUCUAUAGGACACCUCUCAUUUGUUGCUCACAGCUGCAACUCACCUCUGCAAACCAAUUAGAACCUGAGGAAACAUGCUAACGCUCACAUUAGCCACCUUUAGCGCUAGCUACACACUUCAUCCACCAGUAAUACUCAUAACUUGGUUUUUAUAGCACUUUCUAGAACAAAAUUAUGCAUUUCAAAGUGCUUUAGCACCCAGUGUGUUCAUCCCACCAAUCACAAAGCAGAGCCAGUGUACCUGGCAUUCUCCUCACGUUCACCUAUUUGAUAGCUCCGCCUACCUCGUGUACAAUUUGGCAUCAUUAGAACAGACACUUUUUUCUUCCAGGUCUGUGUCCUAUAUAACACUUGUGAUGUAAGAGAGACAACGGCAAAGAAAAUUAUCGCAAUGCUAAGAAACUUGCUGAACUUCUCCGCCAGUAUCGGGCUGUUUGUUCCGACUUCCGAUCGUGGGUUAGUCCUUGUUGGAACUUGCUCAGAUGGAAUAUCUAGUGACCUUAACGCAAAACUGGGAAUAAGUGAAUAGUGAGUUGCUUUUGCAGCGAGCACAACCGAGUUCUUGUUUGGCGUUUUCAUCUAAAGGUUAGCUGUCAGGUUUUCGGCUGAGUUCAAAAAGAUGUCAUGCUUGACUGAUAGGCAGAGUGUGGAAAGAGCGUAUCAACCGAUGUAGAUCAGAAAACAGGAAGACAACUUGUCCUGACUAGCGGACUUAGCCAAACAGCUUGUCUUACCGAUCACAGUAGAAAUGUCGUACAUGUCUGUUAAAAGUGGAUCUAAUCUUUAACUUGUUCUAAGUGCUACUCCAGAAGCUUCUGAAGAAAAACUGCAA